CACAACUACAGAAGUUCCUCCUCUCCCUGGGCCACUGGAUAAACUAAGGACCAUUCCUCAGGGUUCCAGGAGAAGGCAGGGAAGAGCCAGAGUUAGGCUAAGGCAAGGGAAGGAAGGGCAUGUGGAAUGAAGUGAGAUUGCUACACACAGUCAAUGCAUGCAGAUCUUCACAAAUCAUCAAGAAAGGGCUCUUAAAGGAAAGUCAAGGAAAUAAAGAACAACAUCUGAAAGGAUUUCUGCUGACUUAUUAUGACUCCCACACAUGAAGCAUGGCUGCUUUUGGGAGAAAGUAUCAAACACAAAUCUGGAUGGAUUAAUCCUCACCAGCAUGCUGUGUCAGUAGCUUGCAGGUGCAGUGCAGGAGGAAUCACUGUUACAGCCUGAAGACCAUGUGACAUGUCACAGUCCCAGCCACCUGGCUCAGGAGUUGGGUCUGUUACUUAUCUGUUGGGGAACCCUGUCAACUUACCUAACAUGGAUCUUACAAUAAUGGUGUGAAAAUUAAAUAAGGAUAAAUAUCUAACCAAAGUCUGGCAUUUAGCCACACACAAAUCCACACCCACAUCGGAUCUUGGGCACUGCCCCUAAACUCAAACAUUGUGGAGCUCCUGGCACCUGCUUCAGCUGCUGCCUGGGGAACUGAAAUAGAAGCCCUCUCCAGAUGUGAAUGACCUUCCACUCAUCCCUCCCAAAAGUCCUCCCCCGCUAACCAGUCACUGAGACACCUAGCCUCCUUUUCUUUCUGCCUCUGCAGUGAGAGCAACCAUGGCCUGGAGUGUCCUUGGGAAAGCUCAGCUUGGGGGACUGCUCCUCUCUCUCCUGGGCUGGGUCUGUUCCUGUGUCACCACUGCCCUGCCUCAGUGGAAGACUCUCAGCCUGGAUCUGAAUGAAAUGGAGACCUGGAUCAUGGGCCUUUGGGAGGUCUGCGUGAAUCAGGAGGAAGUUGCCACUGUAUGCCAGUCCUUUGAGUCCUUCUUAUCUCUGCCCCAGGAACUCCAGGUAUCUCGCAUCCUCAUGGUGGCCUCCCAUGGGCUGGGAUUAUUGGGGCUUCUGCUCUCUGGCUUUGGGAUGGAAUGCUGCCAGUUUUACAAUAUCAGAUGGGUAUUUAAGAGGCGGCUUUGCAUCCUAGGAGGGACUUUGGAGGCAUCAGCUUCAGCUACCACCCUCUUUCCAGUCUCCUGGGUGGCCUACACCACAAUCCAAGACUUCUGGGAUGACAGUAUCCCUGAGAUUGUACCUCGGUGGGAGUUUGGAGAUGCCCUGUACUUGGGAUGGGCUGCUGGUAUUUUCCUGGCUCUUGGUGGGUUACUCCUCAUCUGCUCUACCUGCCUGGGAAAAGAUGUGCCCUUUCCCCAGGUGGCUGGUCCUACAGCCCACCAUAUCAUGCUCCAGCAGAGGAGCCUGAUGACUCCUUCUAUCUAACACCAAGAUCUAGGAACCUGUUCAUCUAGGACUCUGUUCAUCUAGGACUAAUGUCUGCCAAGGAACCUCUGGAGUAAAGGAAUAUCAGCAGAAUCCUUUCCCUUCCUUACCCUUCUUCACUCUGGAUUUGCUUGCCUCAUUUUGGGCAUGGUGGUGGUAACUGCCUUGUUUGUUAAAGGUUUGGUUAUCUUUGUGAUACAGUGUCCUUCAUUUCAGAAUGAAAAAUCAAGUCACAAUUUCUAACAAACAUGUUUCUCUGAUUAGGACUAAUUUAUAUAAAAUGCUUUUAAACUCAUAACAUUAGUUAUAUACUUGAUUCUUUGUUACUAAG